AUUUUUUGUGGCCACUCCUUUAACAACCCAAACCAAUCCGCAUAAUGAUGGCAGCUAUAAAUUGAGCUUCUCGUCUUCCACCUUCGAUCGUCGGAGAGCAAGAGGGAGCGCAGAGGUGAAGCUCAUUUCAAUGGCGACGAAGCUGUAUGUUGUGUACUAUUCCAUGUAUGGUCAUGUAGAGAGGCUAGCGGAAGAGAUACAGAAAGGCGCUGCAUCUGUUGAAGGUGUGGAAGCAAAACUUUGGCAGGUCCCUGAGACACUACCAGCAGAGGUGCUUGCAAAGAUGAAUGCACCCCCUAAGAGUGACGUACCUAAUAUCACACCUAAUGAACUCGCUGAGGGUGAUGGGUUUGUUUUCGGAUUCCCAACAAGAUUCGGUAUGAUGGCUGCUCAAUUCAAGGCAUUUAUGGAUGCUACUGGAGGUUUGUGGAGGACUCAACAGCUAGCAGGCAAGCCUGCUGGCAUCUUCUACAGCACUGGGUCACAAGGUGGUGGCCAAGAGACUACUCCGUUGACUGCCAUCACACAAUUGGUUCACCAUGGCAUGAUAUUUGUUCCCAUUGGAUACACAUUCGGGGCUGGCAUGUUCGAGAUGGAACAGGUGAAGGGCGGGAGCCCUUACGGAGCAGGGACUUUCGCAGGUGAUGGGUCGAGACAGCCUUCGGAGCUUGAGCUGGCCCAAGCUUUCCAUCAAGGGAAGUACCUCGCAACCAUUACGAAGAAGCUGAAAGGAGCCGCUUGAAUCAAGAAACCAUAUAGUAAUUCGACUUAAAGCCAUUCACCCUUCUUCAUUCCAAGACUUUUCUCCUUUCCUUUCUUACGAGAUUCUCGAUAUUGUUUCUCAUGGUGCUUGCAGUUAAUAAUUCUUGCUCAACUGAGCGAUUGCUCUGUGAAGAAGUGUUGCAUAGUAUAGUGGUUUUCCCUAAUGACAUGAAUAGUAGGUUGAAUUUGCGAGGAUAUGGUUUCUAAGUGAUUGUACUGGUGACUAGAUUCAAUGUAAAUGUAAGAUUGUGUUCUGUUCUGUUUAACUGAUAGCGGUAUUGGUCGGGAUGGACUUGCACCGCUAUGAAUUUCAUUCGGA